CCGCCGCCCAAGCCCGAGCCCAGAGCGAACCUGGUUCGGUACUGAGCCCCCGUCGUCGGAGCGCAGCUCCGGUAGAACUUCUCCGCUCCCACCGCCGAACUGUUGAGGCCCCUCGGGCCGUUCCGCACCCGCUGGCGGCCAGCUCAUCGUUGGAGGAGGAGGAGCCAGAUCGACUGCAGGUGGCGAUGAGGAGCGUCAGGUGGUGUCUUUUCUGUGGAUGAAGUGUGUGCCGGACACGCCCACCUCUCAGCAGGACCGACGACCCACUGGACUCCAGACGGACCGGGGCUCAGGAUGAGCAGCGCCACUCCGGCUAGGAAGCCGUACAGGAAGGCUCCACCGCAGCACCGCGAGACACGCCACGCCCCGCCCAGCACGCCGCCGCCGCCGCCUCAGCCGGACAUCGGCCAGGAGGUUCUGUCAGACGCUGACCGGAUCAGAAUCCUCCAGCAGCAGAAUGAAGACCUGCGGCGCCGUCUCUCUCUCUCCACCCAGAAGAUGGAGGCCAUGGAGGCGGAGUUUGACAGCGGUCGUCACUAUAUGGAGGCGGAGCUUAGCCGGACCAGGGAUGACUUAGACAAGAUGAGGGACAAGUUUCGCAGACUCCAGAACAGCUACACGGCGUCGCAGAGAGCGAAUCAGGACCUGGAGGAGAAGCUCCACGCUCUGCUACGGAAGGUGGAGAGGGACAAAAAGACGAUGGACCAGGAGAUCGUGGAGCUCACUAACAAGCUGCUGGACGCCAAGAACACCAUCGACCGACUGGAGGAGCUCAAUGAGCGAUACCGGCAGGACUGCAACCUGGCAGUUCAGCUGCUCAAAUGCAACAAGUCGCAUUUCAGGAACCACAAGUUUGCUGACCUGCCGUCUGAGCUACAAGACAUGCUGAACAAACACAUGAAGAGCAGCCUCCCAGAGCCAGGCUCCGCCCCCGGCCACCAGGACCCGGACACGCUGAGCCUGACGCCCGCCGACGUGGUGCCCACCUCCGUCAUCGCCCGGGUCCUGGAGAAACCCGAGCCCCUGGUUCUGAACUCGGCCCAGUCCAGCAGCUGCGGCCGGCCCGUCGCCGAGGACGUGUUCGUGCACGUGGACAUGACCAGCUCGGAGGGCGGCGCCGGCCCGGAGCUGCUGCAACAGAACGGGUCCUGUCUGAGCAACCUCGACGAGGAGGCGGGCGGGGCGCCGUCCUUUGAGAAGCUCAACCCGUACCCGGCGCCGCUGCCCCCCCACCCGCUGUACCCCGGCCGCAAGGUGAUCGAGUUCUCGUCCGACGACAAAGUCAAGAUCCCCAAAAACUCGCCGCUGCCCAACUGCACCUACGCCACGCGGCAGGCCAUCUCGCUGAGCCUGGUGCAGAACGACGACGAGCGGCAGAUGCCAGGAAGCCCCGCCCAGUCCUCCAGCGGAGGGGGCGGAGCUGCCCAGCGCACCCCCCCAUCGCAGCAUGACGUUGCCAGUGAACCCUUAUCCAGCCAGUCCAGCCCCUUCAGUAGCCCGCCUCAGGCCCCCAGCGUCCUGGCGAGCUCAGGCAGCUCGGAGGAGGACCUGCUGGCCAGCUGGCAGCGGAUGUUCGUGGAGAAGAUGGCUCCGCCCUGCGAGGGCUCGCUGCUACACCGCACCGCCUUCAGCUCCCAGACGGCGCAGGAGCUGCAGAAGAGGCGGCAGCCGGGCGGAGGCGGGGCCUCCGGCAUCUCUGACCGCCACAGGGCGGCGUACUCGGACGGCGAGGAGGGCUCCUCGGCGCGGAGCUGGACGCCGAGUCGCGGCUCCAGCCUGGACACGGACACGGACACCGAGCCGCGGUCCGGGCGGAGGGGGGGCUUCGGCUCCAGCGAGGAAGGCGAGCGCCUGCUGAUGGACCUGGAUGACGACGGCGGCAGCGGCGACACGGCGGUCACCGUGGCCAUCAGCCCAGAAGAGAAGGAGGAGGGGGAGAGCUCGGCCGAAGAGCGGGACGUCCUCCCUCACGACCUGCCCGUCAUGUCGCCCCGCCUCCUGGAGAUCGACCCUGCCCUCCCCACGCCCCAGCGACCGCAGCGGAGUCCUAAGAGGAUGGGGGUGCACCACCUGCACCGCAAGGACAGCCUGACCCGAGCCCAGGAGCAAGGCACGCUGCUGGACUGACAACCAGCUGACAGGCCACACCCACACAGGAAAUAGCCAUACUGAACGGACGCCGCCCGCUCCACGCGUCUGUGUGAGUCCCACAACAACAACUCUCUUGAUUGUUUCCAAACUAGACAACACUCACGUGCACACUCACACUCACGUGCACACUGUCAGUGCCUCCUAACUUCCUGUCUGAAGCUGAAAGUAACAGACUUUUAUUUUGACGUUCCUGGAAGCGCCGGUUCCAGAUGAUUGUUUCUCGUGUUUGACCUUUGACCUUGUUCUUGUGGUGACACAGAGGGCGGGGCUUCUCCACACACUCCUCACCUGGAAUGUAAUCAUGACGUGGGUCUGUUUUUACCUGCAGUGUUUUGGUUGUUCUUGUUUCAGGGUGAUCUGCUGCCCUCUAGUGGACCGGUGGUGUAGCUCAGGUCGCAGCUCCACAGAUUCAAACCGACGGAGUAUUAAUCAGUUUAGACUUCACCUUAAGUUUUGAUAAUCACUGAAUGUUGGUUCUGAAAACCACCUCCAAAUCCUGAAUGUUUCAAUUAAAAGAUCGGAUCACUAAAGAACCGGUCAGAACUUCAGGGGACCGUGGGCUCGAGUUCGAUUCCCCGCUCCGCCAUUACAGAAGCUCUUCUUCACUUUCUGAAACUGGCCCGAAUGUCCCCAAAGCUGCUCGCUCCGACAUCCCACACGCACCUGAACACAACACCGUUGACAUCCGUUGGUGGAGGGGCCAGGCUCCAGGCCCCGCGGGUCAAGCCAGCAAGAAUAAGUGGGCCCAUUUGGUUUAAAAGAAGCAGAAAAUGUGGCUCUGAUUGGGUUUGUCUGCAGUUCCUGUGGUGCUCCAACUGUGUUUACCCACAUUGACUAAAGUGGGAAUUUUGUGGGUUAGCUUACUAUGCUAGUCAGCUACCCAGUGGACAGCGUAGCAUGCUAGCGAGCUCAGCUGAAGCAAGCUCCAUUGCAGCAUGCUAGCGAACUCCACUUUAGCAUGCUAUUGCUCUCUAGCAAGCUCUUCUGUAUCGAGCUAGCGAGCUUCUCUGUAGCAAGCUAGCAUGCUUCACUGUAUCGAACUAACAAGCUCUGCCGUCCACCAGGUGGAUCUCUAGGUUAGCAUAGCGUGCCGACCUACUGAGUGUCCACUUAAGUCAAUGUGGGCAAACACGGGGGGGGCACCACAGAAACAGUGGACAAACCCAAUCGGACCCCCAUUUUCUGCCACUGUUAAACCAUGUGGGUCCAUUUGGUCUUGUUCUUUUCCAAACGGCAGAGCAGGAACAUGAGCAGAACGGGGUCCUCCAGACCUGGAAUCGAACCCUCCCGGAUCAGUGUGUCCACCCAAACUAACGCCUUGUCCUAGCAUGCAUCGCAGGCCCUGAUUGGUUGUAAGCUCGAAGUGGGGGAGGGGCUUCGCUGCGUCCGUCGGCUCAAACGCUCCAACACGGCUCCCAAGAGGCAUAAGGGCUCACCCGAGCCGGCCCGUGGGUCGCUGGUUCAGUAGCCACGCCCCCUACUCUGUGGAGGCGGACCUCUCACGUAGGCAUAGGUGCUCUGAGAGGAACUGUUUUUGUUUCACUUCCUGUUGGGGAGAAAUCUCUGACUGUUAGAGCUCUGACUUUAUUUUCACAGUUUGUAAACGAUGUAUAUUUUAAAGCAAAUAAAACAUAUUUUAAAACUAA